AUGGCCGAAAGCAAUGAUAUCUCGAACAGGAUCAAAGAUUUUUAUGAUGAUGUUUCUGAGAAAUUGGAUUUUGUUUGUGAAAUCAAUAAUCCGAGAUUAUCUCAAACAGUUCGUGGUUUAAUCCGUCAACUUCAUCCCGAUAUAUUAAAAAGAAAUUAUGGUUCAGCUUUUAUUGUACCUGAUAAAAUAGAAGGCUGUAAGAUUUUAGAUUUCGGGUGCGGUGCUGGUGUUAUGGCCUAUGUACUCAGUAAGCUGGUUGGACCAAAAGGACAUAUAACUGCUGUUGAUAUCUCGCCAAAUCUAAUAAAUGAAGCCAACAAAACAUUGGAAUAUCAUCGUGAAAAAUGGGGCUUUGAGAAUUCCAAUGUAGAAUUUAAAGUAGCUAAUGUUGAAAAUUUUGAUGAAGUUGAACAUCUUGAAGGAAAAUUGGACAUGGUAUUGUCAUAUGGAGUGAUAUGUUUAUGUCCAAAUAAAAGGGCAGUUUUUGAAAAUAUCUACAGAUUGUUAAAGGUUGGUGGGGAGCUCUCUUUAUCUGAUAUAUACGCUGACCGAGAUCGACCAAAAGAAAUACUUCAAAAUCUGAGAUUAAUCUGUAAGUUAUACACUUGUUCUAUGAGGUGGGAUGAAAUGAUCGAGUUAGCUACAUCAGUUGGUUUUACUAAACCUUAUUUAGUUGGUGCUGCUCCCGUAGAAUUUCAAAAUAAAGAUCUUCAUAAAAAAACAGGUUUUGCUCAAUUUGCCAGAGGUGAGUGGAGGAUGUUCAAGCUUCCAAAAGACGUAACGAGUACUGCGGCGGAAGUGACAUAUAAUGGUAACAUAUCAGGAUGUGAAGAUAGUUACUAUUGGGAUAUUAACACCGUAUUCAAGAAAGGUGAAUCGAUCGUGGUUGAUGCCGGUUUGGUUGCAAUAUUAUCCAACACUAGAUUCAAAGAUAGUUUUACAUUUAAAAAAUGUAACGCAAUAGAACGCAAGGUAAUCUGA